GCAGGCUCCCGAGCUCCCGGGCGACCGCGGCCGGCGGGAACCGGGGAUGCCAGGGCUCGGCUGAGCGGCUGCCGCCCGUGCGCUCGCUGGAGCUCGAGUCCAGCCACGCGGGUUUGGAACCGGGGCCGGCGGCGCCGGAGUCCACGCACCGGGCAUGGACGCGCCGGGGGACGCUGAGGGCCCGCGCCCACCAGGUGAUGGCCCUGCAGGAAGUACAAGGGAGACACCCAGGCGACUCUCAAGAGAACAGCUUUAUGUACUGAUAUCAGCAGCUUCUGUGAACUUAGGUUCCAUGAUGUGCUAUUCUAUCCUUGGACCCUUUUUCCCCAGGGAGGCUGAAAAGAAGGGAGCCAGCAAUACCAUUAUUGGUAUGAUUUUUGGAUGUUAUGCUUUGUUUGAGUUGCUAGCAUCUUUUGUAUUUGGAAACUAUAUUGUACAUAUUGGAGCAAAAUUUAUGUUUAUAGCAGGAAUGUUUGUCUCAGGAGGAGUUACCAUUCUCUUUGGUAUAUUGGAUCAAGUUCCUGAAGGACCAAUAUUUAUUGCUAUGUGUUUUCUAGUGAGAGUAAUGGAUGCAAUAAGCUUUGCUGCAGCAAUAACUGCGUCGUUUUCUAUCCUUGCAAAGGCUUUUCCAAAUAAUGUGGCUACAGUAUUGGGAAGUCUUGAGAUUUUUUCUGGAUUAGGACUAAUACUGGGUCCUCCUGUAGGUGGCUUUUUGUAUCAAUCCUUUGGCUAUGAGGUACCUUUUAUUUUUCUGGGAUGCAUAGUUCUGCUGAUGGUACCACUCAACAUGUAUAUUUUACCCAGUUAUGAGUCUGAUCCAGGUCAACACUCAUUUUGGAAACUGAUCUCCUUACCCAAGGUUGGCUUUUUGGUUUUCAUCAUCAACUCACUCAGCUCGUGUUUUGGCUUCCUUGAUCCUACUCUGUCUCUCUUUGUUUUGGAAAAGUUUAAUUUACCAGCUGGAUAUGUGGGACUGGUAUUCCUCGGUUUGGCACUGUCCUAUGCCAUUUCUUCACCACUAUUUGGCCUACUAAGUGAUAAAAAGCCACAUGUAAGGAAAUGGCUCCUGGUUUUUGGAAACUUAAUCACAGCAGGGUGCUACAUGCUCCUAGGACCUAUCCCAAUUUUGCACAUUCAAAGUCAGCUCUUGCUGCUCGUGCUGAUAUUAGUUGUACAUGGCAUCUCUGCUGGAAUGAGUAUAAUUCCAACUUUCCCGGAAAUUCUCAGUUGUGCAUAUGAAAAUGGAUUUGAAGAGGGAUUAAGUACGUUGGGACUUGUAUCAGGUCUCUUUAGUGCAAUGUGGUCGGUUGGUGCUUUCAUUGGACCAACACUGGGUGGAUUUCUUUAUGAGAAAAUUGGUUUUGAAUGGGCAGCAGCUAUACAAGGUCUGUGGGCUCUGAUAAGUGGAUUAGCCAUGGGCUUAUUUUAUGUACUGGAGUACUCAAGGAGAAGAAGGAGAUCUAAAUAUCUAACCAUCCUCAGCACAGAAGAGGAAAAAACUGCUCUCUUGCCUAAUGAACUGUAGCUUUACAAAUCCUGGAUUGAUAUGAGGUUGGGAGGUCAAUGUUCCCGGCCUUGAACAUCACUGGCUUUGAACAUCGCUGUUGGAAGGGUUUUCUUAAUUUACGCACAGACCUCCCUGGGCACCACAUCAGCAUUUUGGACAAUCCUGUGUUGGACUGCACUUACUGUUGUCCUGAAAAGCUGGCCGGCUGAACCAGCUAUACUUGAAACAUUAAGUGUGAGAAUUGUAGUUGAAAACCAGCACAAGAUUGUGUUGUUUUUUUUCCCAAGACAGAGUCUCACUCUCUUGCCUGGGCUAGAGUGCCGUGGUGUCAGCCUAGCUCA